AUGCUUCUGCUAACAACACUCCUUGUAGCUAUCUAUACAAGCAUGUGCCACCUCGGCGUUAUUCUCACAGGUGGAGUUGGAAGAAACGGGUCGACAGUUGCUGGUACUUCCGUUCUUUUCCCUGUCUGCCCACUUUUGGCGUCUAUUAUUCCAUUCUGCAUGAUAUACAGCAAAUCGCGAAGUGCUGUUUUCGACGAAAAUAUCACCAUAUUUGUGCUAUGCUUCGGUGCAGUAGCUGCCAAGGCAACAAACCGGUUGAUAGUGGGACAUAUGAGUCGAAGUGAACUCGUUUUAUGGGACUGGAUUUAUAUGGGACCAAUAGCGCUUAUGCUCAAUCAGUGA